AUGGGUCUGUUCCGCUCGACAGAGAGGCCCGAUCUGCCCUCCGUUCACCUGGGCCUUCCGCCGCGCUCCCUCCUCAGAUUCCCUCCCGGCUCCCAGCCAGGGACGAUCCCCGCUCCCCCCGUCGAACGGUCGUGGCUGCAGCCCUUCACCAUCCCCCCAAAGCUGUACAACGACGCCCUGAAGGUGCAGGUUCCCAUCACAAUCGCCCUCGUCUACGCGACCACCGUCAUCCUCCUCAACCGCAUCAACAAGAAGAGAGGCAAUAGGCCGUGGGCCAUCAGCAAGACCAAGCCAUUCCACCUCUUCGUCGUCCUGCACAAUGUCUUCCUGGCGGUGUACUCGGCGUGGACCUUCCUCGGUAUGUUGGACGCUUUCCGCGAGUCGUGGCCCGCCCGCUCCGAGAUGCACGGCAGUGGCCUGGUCAACGUCGUCGACGCCUUCUGCAAGAUCAACGGCCCCCGGGGCCUUGGGAAUGCUGCCGUCUACGACACCGACGCCGGCUCGUGGACUAUCUUCAACCCUGAGUACAAGUUAGGACCUGGAAAUGUUCCCGAUCCGACGGACGUCGGCAGACUCUGGAAUAAGGGCCUCGCCUUCUUUGGCUGGAUCUUCUAUCUCUCCAAGUUCUACGAGGUUCUGGACACCGCCAUCAUCCUCGCGAAGGGGAAGAAGAGCUCUACCCUGCAGACUUACCACCAUGCGGGCGCCAUGAUGUGCAUGUGGGCGGGUAUCAGGUUCAUGGCCGCUCCCAUCUGGAUCUUCGCGCUCGUCAACUCCGCCAUUCACGCACUCAUGUACACCUAUUACACCUUGACUGCCCUCAGUGUUCGAAUCCCAGUUCGAAUCAAGAAAUCUUUAACCACGAUGCAGAUCCUGCAGUUUAUCUUCGGCACCUCUCUUGCCGCCAGCCACCUCUUCAUAUACUACUCUAUUCCAUUCCCCGUCCCUCAUGCGGUGGCCCUGCGCCCGUUGGCAUCGGUCAUGCCUUCUGUCGCUGGGGCUGCCAACGAGAGCCAAGCUGGGGUAGGUUCGUGGCUGAAAAAGCUCGCACUUCGCGCUGCCGGUCAUGAAGGCGUAGCUGAGAACAUCGUGAACUCAAACGGCACGCUCUUUGGACCCGAUGGCAUGCAGGCGGCUCAGGCAGCCCUGGGCAAGCAGGAGAUCCGCUACGCUCUGCAGUCUCGAACCUUCACCUGCAUGGACACCAGCGGACAGGGCUUUGCCAUAUGGCUGAAUGUGUUUUACCUCCUGCCUCUGACUUGGCUGUUUGCACGUUUCUUCAUCCGCUCAUACCUCCGCCGCACCGAGACCGCGGCGAAGCGCUCCCUGACCGACAGCCUCGCCGCUGAGAAGGCGGGACUCGACGCGCUCAAAGGUGUCACCCGCGAGAUCCAGAAUGCUGUCAUCGAGAUGCACGGCGAUGGAAACGGCACCACGGACAACGAGUCAGGGGCCAGCACCCCGCAGCACCCAGAGGCGUACGAAGCAAACGUCGAGAAUAUCAUGAGCGCGAGGCAGGCUCGUGCAGAACGACGAUACAGCGCAACCACCAAGCACCCAGUGGGCAUCAGUCUCGCAAAGGGAGAUUCGGCCGGAACGCGGACGCCCAUGGAUCCUGCCGCCUAUGGGGCCAACAUCGAGGAUAUCAUGACGCGGAAGCAGCAGGGAGUGGAAGAGAAGGCCCACCGUGUGGCCAAGCACCCGGAGCCGCCACACCUAUCGCGUAGCAGCAAGGAGGGGAUCCGGACGCCACUGAACGAGAGAGGAUACGAGGCAAACUUGGAGGACGUGAUGUCCCCGGCGCAGAGGAAACUCGGCGGGCGCCAGCCUUCUUCAGAGCCAAAGGAGAAGACGAUGGAGGCGCCGUGGGUCCCCGUCCGCGGCAGCAAAGCUGGAAACAAGAAGGGCACCAAGGCCGGAGGCAAGACGGGGGCGUCGUCGUCGUUGUCGUUGUCGUCGUCGCCGACCAAAGGCAGCGGGUUCAAGGUCUUGGCCGAUGAACACGUGGGGACUGCUUGAGAAAAAUCAUUAGUGGUCUUGCGUCUGAAGGAAAAAAGAGUCCGGCGCGAGGCGGUUGAGCAAGUUCUCGU